GCAAUCUUGGAAAGAAUGAUGGUCGUAUUGUAUAAAUGAUUGUCGGAUCCUCGCAGAUCCCCUUGCUGCCGUUCCCAGGAGCAGGGAAUUCACAAUUUCCGUUGACAUGUACGCUGAUGUUUGACUUCAAUUUCGCGAGAGAGCUCCUGCUAGAGACUUCCAGAUAUGGAAGAUUGUCGCGAGGUAGUCAUAGGGUAUACUACACACAGGUUCCCCGCGGACAUCAAGUAUUUUCUGGUAACUUUUGUGGACCUGCUCGGUGUGCUGCGGUCGAAGCUCGUGCCCACUUCUGCAAUCAAGCAGAUGCUGGAGAAAGGGGCCGGGUUUGCUGGGUAUGCUGUCCACUUUGACAUGACAACUGCAGAUGCUGAUCUGAUGGCGUUUCCAGAUAUGUCUACUUUGAUUCAACUCCCCUGGAAGAAGGAGGUGGCUUGGGUCGCCAGCGAUCUCUAUAUAAAUGGAAAACUUUUCAAGCAGGCCCCUCGUCAGGUGCUCAAGGAUCAAGUUGCCAAGGUUGCUAAGGCUCCCAAGGCGUGCGACGGAGGCUACUAUAUGAAGACGGGCGUGGAAUGUGAAUUUUUCCUGUUGUCACGGAAUAGCUCAUCUGGAUCAAAGCCUGAAGCAGCAGAUGCUUUUGAAAUAGCGCCCAAGCCUUGUUAUAGACAGGGUGCAUUGAUGAGAAGUUUUGAUGUCAUUUCAAAAUUGUUGGAAUACAUGGAGAGCCUGGGCUGGGAACCUUACCAAGCAGAUCAUGAGGAUGGUCAAAGUCAAUUUGAAAUCAACUGGAAAUAUGACGAUUGUUUGAGAACAGCUGACAAGCAUGUUUUCUUCAAGUUCAUGGUUAAAUCUGUCGCAGAACAACAUGGCUUUCAAGCAACUUUCAUGCCAAAACCGUUCCGACAUCAAACCGGAAAUGGCUGUCAUACUCAUAUAUCUGUCUGGGACCACAACAACUCGACACACGAUGAAACGUGCUCAACAAACUUAUUCCAUGAUCCAGAAAAAGAGCUGGGAAUGUCUAAGCUAUCUUACCAUUUUCUCGGAGGCCUGCUGGGGAACGCCAAGGUAUUGUGCGGAAUAUACAAUCCCACUGUAAAUAGCUUCAAGCGAAUCGAUGGGCAGACUACCCUGUCUGGUUCAUCGUGGGCACCCAACAUUAUCUCUUACGCAGGCAACAACAGGACUCACCUGGUCCGCAUUCCAGAUGAAGGUAGGUUUGAGUUGAGGGUUCCUGAUGGUGCCGUCAACCCUUACUUGCUCCAAGCAGCCAUUUUGGCUAGUGGACUUGACGGAAUCGAGAAUCAGCUGGACCCUGGCCCUCGUCGGGAUUGGGAUGGCUUUGAGCCCCACCCUGAUAAAGAGAGUCUAGAUCGUCUUCCAACAAAUUUUCUUGACGCUCUACGCGAGCUUUCCUCAUCAAACUUUGCAAAACAGAGCUUUGGGGAAGAAUUCGUGAAGAGUUACGUGAAAGUUCAGAUGCAGCAAUGGAAAUCUUACGCUGCCCACAUCAGUCAAUGGGAGCUGGAAAAUACUCUGGAUUGCUAGAUAUCUGAGCUCCUCGCUGCUUUCGCUCACGUUGGCCCAACAAACCCUUAGGGCUUCGUCCUUGUCUAAGGUAGCGCAGAAUACCUGCCAAUGACGAAUUUCAGGUCAACAGAUCUUAGUUGAGCAAAUCUGUAUAAACCCCUCAGCUGAAUCAUUAGGUUUCGGCAUCGACAAGAAACAUAAGUUUCCAUGCGAUCAAAGAAGAAAACUAUGUAUAUUUUCUAGCCCCUAAUACAAGCAUUGUGAAUAAAGGCGCGAUCUCCUUGUAUCGGUCAGCUCUAAAACAAUUCUGCACAGUGAAAGUGAAGUGCAUAGUGAACACUGCCAAGGAAGAGUGAUUUCUGCAAAAAAAAUAUUCUUGCCCACGAUUUGAGAUUCCACAAAAGCAGAUUCAAUAUGCUUUUGUGGAAUCACAAAUCUCCCCAUUC